AUGAGCGUCCUGCACAGUGGGCUUCCACACAGCAAACGGGAGUGCAUCUCUUUGCAUGUGGGCCAGGCCGGGGUGCAGAUUGGGAAUUCCUGCUGGGAGCUGUACUGUCUGGAGCACGGGAUUCAGCCUGACGGUCAGAUGUGCGGCUCCAGCCUCAGCAGCCCCGACGACAACUCCUUCAACACCUUCUUCAGUGAGACUUCAGGGGGCAAGCAGGUUCCCAGGGGAGUGCUGGUGGACCUGGAGCCCACCGUAAUAGACGAGGUGCGAACUGGGAUGUAUCGUCAGCUGUUCCACCCUGAUCAGCUCCUCUCGGGAAAGGAAGACGCGGCCAACAACUACGCCCGUGGACACAACACCGUGGGCGUACAAAUGAUAGAGCCAGUAAUGGACAGGAUCCGCAUACUGACUGAACAAUGCGCUGCUCUCCAGGGCUUCCUCAUCUUCAACAGUUUUGGCGGGGGCACAGGCUCGGGCUUCACCUCGCUGCUGAUGGAGCACCUGGACAUCGAACACAGCAAGAAGACCAAGAUCCAGUUUGCCAUCUACCCGGCGCCACGGCUGUCCACCGCCGUUGUGGAACCCUACAACUCUAUCCUCACCACGCACACCAACAUGGAUCAGAUGGUGAAGUGCGACCCGCGAAGAGGCAAGUACAUGUCCUGCUGCCUGCUGUACCGUGGAGACGUGGUGCCCAAGGAAGUGAACAUGGCGGUGGCCAGUAUCAAGGCCAAGCACAUGCUCAACUUUGUGGAUUGGUGCCCGACAGGCUUUAAAGUGGGCAUCACAUCGCAGCCGCCCACAGUGGUGCCAGACGGAGACCUGGCCAAAGUCCGAAGAGCUGUCUGCCUCCUGAGCAACAACACGGCCAUCACUGAGGCCUGGGGCAGACUGGGGCACAAGUUCGACCUGAUGUUCUCCAAGCGAGCCUUUGUGCACUGGUACAUCGGCGAGGGGCUGGAGGAGUCAGACUUCACCGAGGCCCGAGAGGACGUGGCGAUGCUGGAGAAGGACUACGAGGAGGUGGCGAGAGAUACUGUGGAAGAUGAAUAG